ACAAAGGCACAGAGAGGGGAUGGGAUGUUGAGUUCAGAAAACAAGGUCACAGUUUGGCUGAAAAAAUGUGUGUGAUAGUAACUGCAAUGAAGUGUCUGAAAAAGUAGGUGGGUCCAAGACUACAAUGGGCUUUAUAAAUACAAGGCUAAUGAGGUAAUGGGUUAUCUAUAAGGAUAAGGAGCCAAUUAAAAAUUGUGACCAGAGAGUGAAAUGGUUAGAUCUGUAUUUUAGGAACGCUAAUUGUGCAGCUGUAUGGAGAAUGACUAGGAGAGUGAAGAGAUGAGAAAGAAGCAGGGAGAGGAGUUGGAAUGUUAUUUCACGUGAGAGAUGACGGAUGGGCAGAGGCUUUAUGAACUGAGAGAAGAGGUAGAUGUAAGAGACAGUGGGAGGCAGAAUUAACCAGAAUUGGCAAGUAACUGGAUAUGCAGGACUGGGAUUCAGGAAAGAGCUUGGUAGGACAUAUAGAUCUGGAAGUCUUCUUAGUGGAUGUGAUCAUUAAACCCAUAGAAGCUGAUAAUAACACCGAGUUCAGAAAAAGCCCAAGAUAGUCCUUGAGGGAGAACCAGGUUUGCUAGCGGAUGAUGUUCUUUCUAAGAGACAAAUUCAAGAAUGGGAUAGGCAGAAGAAACAAGAGAUCAGUGUUAUGGAAUCUAAGAAAAGAGAAAGCAUUUAGAGUGAAGAAAUGUUCUAAUGUCCAAAGCUUCAGAGAAAUCAACCAAAUUAGGAAUGAGAAAAAAAAAAGUCAAUGGAUUUAACACUUAUGAGACCCUAGGUAACUAGAGAAAGCAAUUCCAGAAGCCUGGCAGAGGUGGAAGAUAAACUCAACAGCCUUCUAUAACAAGAGUGGACAAGCCAUGAUCUAAGACUUACAGUUCAACUCUUCAGGGAUUCCUGUGAGGCCUUUGAAAUCCCGCACCACGUUCAAGAGAAUUUGGUACAAAUGGGUUAUAAUUCCACACAUAUUCAACAAUCAGCGGCCUCUUUAAUUGUUUUACCUAUCAUUUAUAUCUUUCUAUGCAUUCCAGGACUUUUGGGAAAUAUACUCUCACAAUGGGUAUUUUUAAGAAAAAUUGAUAGGAAAACAUCAACACACAUGUACUUAAUAAAUCUGGUGACUGCAAAUCUGCUUGUAUGCAGUGCUAUGCCUUUUAUGAGUGCCUAUUUCAUGGAAGGAUUUAAUUGGACAUACAGUUCAACAAAAUGCAAGGUAGUCAAUUUUUUGGGUACUCUGUUCUUGCAUGUCAGCAUGUUUGUCAGUCUCACCACUUUAAGCUGCAUUGCGAUAAGCCGUUAUGCUACUCUCAUAAAAAAAGACCUCAUCGAGGAAGAGAAUGCUUCCUUCUAUGAAAAAAUAUUUUAUGGACGCAUACUAAAAAAAUUCUGCCAGCCCAACUUUGCCAAAAAGGUAUGCAGCUUUAUAUGGGGGGCUGUACUGGCCACAGUAAUUCCUGUUACUAUUUAUUACUCUGCUGUGGAGCUUUAUGAAGAAAAUGGGGAAAUGUGCUACAGUGAAGUGGCAGAAUGUGGUGCUGGCAUUUCUGGUCCUGCAAGACUCAUUGGAACUGCAUUUAUUGGUUUUUGCUUCCUAGUGGUACUGCUAUCAUAUUAUUCUUUUGUCAGCUAUCUAAGGAAAAUAAGAAAAAGCACAUCCAUUACACAGAAAUAUUCCACUUAUUGUUCAGUGAAAAGACACCUUUUGGUCAUUCAAUUUAUACUGAUAAUUUGCUUUCUUCCAUAUAGUAUUUUUAUGCCCAUUUUUUAUGCCCUAAGCAGAACAAACGACAGCCAACAACUGGGGUAUUUAGUGGAAAUAAAAAAUUUCCUCAUCUGUCUUGCUGCUGCCAGAAGUAGCACAGAUCCCAUUAUAUUCCUUUUACUAGAUAAAACAUUUAAAAAGACACUAUAUAAUCUCUUUAGAAAGGCCAAUUCACCACAUUAAAGCAAUUGAUCUUUAUAUCAAGUCCACUAUGAAAAUGGGGAAAGUACCCAUGCAAACCUCAAUGACAAAUUGGAUGAUUAAUAAUACAGCUCUGCUGAUAUAAUAAAGUGCAAAAAGACAUUUGGCAUCUUAAAAAAAUCACAAAAUUUAAUUUGUAGCUGUGGGUUUUGCUACAAAGAGCUGGGCCUGUGGUUAUUUUCAGAGGCAUUAGCUCAGAAUUUCAACACAAAAGUGAAACAAAGGUAAUUUUAUUAGUCCUGUGUAAAAAGUGUUUAAAUAACUAGAACCCAAUCCUAUGACUGUCAACACAAAGAUUCAUAAAAAUGAGUAUGUUUAUAACUCUUGGAGUUCAGAAUAGAUAUUCUCAUAAGAAAAGCCUAGUUUUUAACAUCUCACAUUGCUUACCAAGAUAUGGUUAAAAGGUGAACAUGAUUAACACGAGUGAUAUCUUAAACAAAUUAGAGGAACAUGGAAAACUUUACCUGUAAUAUCUAUGUAUAAGGGAAGACUUUAUGAUAAAAUGAGACCGAGAAGACCAAGGGAAGUUAAAAGGUUAAUUCUGAUUAUAUUAAAUUAAAAAGGUUUUACACAAACAAAACCAAUGCA